AUGAUACUCCCUUCAUCCUUUACCUAUGCUCAAGACUCAAAGCCUAUCAAAGCAGGCUUCUUCGUCAGCAAUUCUCCCUUGAUGACACAUGAUGAAAAUUUCAAAAAUAAGUCUGGCUACGCUUAUGAAUAUCUUCAGGUUCUAAGGGAUUAUACUGGCUGGAAAUACGAAUAUGUGUAUGAUGAUUUCCCUGCACUUUAUCAACAGCUGCUUCGUGGAGAAAUAGAUUUGCUUGUAGAUGUUUCUCGCACUCCAGAAAGAGAACAACAACUGUUAUUUCCAAACCAGGCAAUGGGACGUGAAGUAUAUUGCCUUUACGUUAAUAAUAAUUACUCUGAUAUAACAUCUGAUAAUGUACUUUCUACUAUAAAUGGCAAAACCAUCGCCGUAACUCCAAAUACCGUACAAAAAAACAUGCUGAUAAAGUGGUUGGCAGAUAAUAAUUUGUCCUGUAAUAUCGUUGACUAUGCAAGCUCUAAGGAACGGGCUGAUGCUCUGUCUGAUGGCAAGGUCGAUGCUUUACUGGAGGUCAGAUUUUUCGCUGACAACUGCUGUCGUCCUGUCGCAGAAAUCGGCACUAGCCAAUAUUAUGUAGCAUUGGCUGCAGGAAGAGAAUACCUUUUAGCGCAGCUUAAUACUGCACAAGAAAAUUUGCGUCGCAUUGACCCGAAUUGGUAUGGAAAUCAUUUUAGCACUCACUUCCGAAAGCUUCUUGUAAGAACUGAACUGACACCAGAAGAAACGGCAUGGCUUGAUAAUCAUACUCGCAUUAUAUGUGGCAUAGAUAAAAAGACUUCUUUUUAUUUAAUGGAUGCUUUCAAAGAAAUAAUGUCUGGUCUAAUAUCUGCAUUAAAUUUACAGCAAAAAAUAGACCUGCAUUUUAUUACAUACGAGAACCACGCAGAAUUAUUAGCAGCUCUUGAUAGAGAAGAAAUACAUGUUGCUUUUCCACUUUACAAUCAUGCAGAGGCUGCUGACAAUAAUAAUUAUAGUGUAGUAGCUGAUACCAAUACCUAUAUCCUUGACUCCAUUCGCCUAAAAAAUAAUGACUCACCUAUAAAGCGAAUUGCAGUACCAAAAGGAAAGAUUGCCGCCAGCUAUGCUAAAGAGCAUUUCGCUGCUGAGAUUAUCGAAUGUGAUCCACCUUCGGACUGUCUGAAUCUCGUUGUAAGAGGCGAAGUUGAUAUGGCCAUCAUGCUGGAUAAUGGUGUUAAACCAUUAUUAAAGACGAAGUCAGAUUAUAAUAACCUGCAGAUAACUCAGCUAGGCAAGCCUAUUUCUAUUGGCUUCGGUGUACACAACGGUGAAAAUGGUCUUUUCAUGCUGCUGCGCCGUGGUGCUUCCCUGCUGGAUACAGAUUUUAUUCCUGAUACUAUUGCCAGUCACAAUGUAUUGCAGAAUGAAUACACCGCAUAUGAUUUUGUCCAUGAACAUAUCCGUAUUAUCCUGCUGGCUGUUGCUGCAAGUACCGCUGUAUUUAUGACACUAUUAUCCAUCAUAAAAAAGCAAAAAUUACAGAAAAAGCUUGCCAUUGAAAGAGAAAAAGAGCAGGAAAAAUAUUUCAAUAUCAUAAAAGCAUUGUCCAGUAAUUACUUUACCGUAUAUCUGGUAAAUGGCGAGCUUGACAAAGGUAUAUGCUAUCGUGUUCCAGAUAGUAUCAAUAUGCUUUAUGGUCUUGUGGAGGGCAAUGAAUAUCCGUACAGCACAACUAUAGAACGAUAUAUAUAUGAUUUUAUUAUCCCAUCCGAAGCUGAAGCUAUGCGUUCUUUCCUCACGCUUUCCAAUAUAAAAAAGCUAUUGGAUGACUCAGAACGCGUCUCCAAAAUUUAUACAUCAAGAUUUAAUGGUGAAGAACACUAUAUGCGUGUAACUGUAGCCAGAGCCGACAUAAACCAGAAGAAAAAUAAUUUUAUACUUGGUUUUGCUGAUGUAGACAAUAAGGUAAAAGCCGAGCUUGAACAGCAGAAGGAACUUCGCCGUGCUCUAAAACGUGCCGAAGCCGCAAGCAGAGCCAAGAGUACCUUCCUCUCCAACAUGUCUCACGAUAUGCGUACCCCAAUGAAUGCUAUUAUCGGCUUUACCAAUCUUGCUGCCGACUGUUUGGAUGAUAAGCAGCAAUUACAUGAUUACCUUACUAAAAUAAAUUCUUCCAGUACACAUCUGCUCAAUCUUAUAAACGAUAUUCUGGAUAUGAGCCGUAUCGAAAGUGGUAAGGUAACAAUAAAAGAAGAAAAGGUUAUGCUUUCUACUCUUAUUGACGAAUUAAAUAAUAUAUUGGAAACAGAUAUUGAUAAGAAACAGCUAACCUUUACAACUCAUACAGACGACCUUAUAAAUCCUUACGUUUACUGUGAUAAGCUACGAAUUACACAGAUACUUGUAAACUGCCUCAACAAUGCUGUUAAGUAUACUCCUAAUGGUGGUUCUAUCACCUUUACUGUAACAGAAAUUCCUACUGACGAGCCUGAAUAUUCUACUUAUCAGUUCGUUAUCAAGGAUAAUGGAAUUGGUAUGAGUGAAGAAUUCCUGAAGCAUAUUUUUGAGCCUUUUGAGCGUGAACGUACCUCUACCGUAUCUGGUAUACAG